AUGAAAACUAAAAAUUAUUUACAUUCCGAAAAACAAAGAUUGUUCUCGCAGAGUGGAGACCACUCUUCUUCGUCAUCCAGUGACCCAAUUAGCAGUAUUAUUUCAAAUGAUAGUGGUGAGGAAUUUUCUAGUACAUGUCAAACUGAAAUUCAUGAGGAUGAUUCCGAUGAAGAUGUUGUUUUGAAUAACAAAAUUUUCAUAACACAAGCAGAAAUUGUUGCUAAAAUCAAUGGGUCUAAAAAACGAAGCCAGCACGAGGCUCAUAUCAAGAGAUCAGUUUUUGUACCUCCCAAGAAAACAAAACCAGCAAUGAUUAAUACAAACAACUCAAUACCAUCUUCUGACACGACAACACCAAUUUUAGGACAUCCUAGUUCUAGCAAUCAUUUUCGGCAACUCUCACAAACACUGGAUCCGACAACCAACACAGAUUUCUUAAAAGAACAUUUUUCUUGGAGCUUAACUGCUCGUAGAGUUUUAAAAGACGUGUUCGGUCACUCCAGCUUUUUACCGCUUCAAUUAGAUGCCAUCAACGCAACUUUAUCUAAUAGAAAUGUAUUGUUGGCCUCUCCUCCAGGAUCAGGGAAAAGUUUGUGCUAUCAAUUGCCAUGUAUGAUAGAAAACAAGUUGACAAUUGUGGUACAACCACAGUUGUCUCUAAUAUAUGACCGAAUAUCGUAUUUAUCAAAAAUUGGAAUUUCUGCUACUUAUAUCAGUUCAGAUCGUCGCAACCAAGAGACUGAUUCAGAAACUGUUUGGAAUGCCUUACAACAUCCUGAGGAUUUAAAUUUUAAACUUUUAUUUAUCACAGACAAAGUGGUGUGGAAUAAGAAUUUUGGGAAAAUUUUUCUCAAUCUCAAGAAUUCAGGUAGGAUUUCGAGACUAGUUAUUGAUGAGAGUCAUUUGGCUGUCAAUCAAGACGAUUAUCACAUUUCACAGCCCUAUAAGGCACUGAAACGAUUACUGGGCUACUUUCAAAACGUUACGGUAAUGGCCCUGACAUCUCUUUGCUCCUCCACUGUACAUACAAGACUUUUAAAAGAACUGAAUAUAAGAAAUCCUCAAUUGCUGUUGAACAGUGAAGCAAGUACAAUAAUUCGACCAAAUGUGUACUUUGAAGUGAAGUUAAAACCACCUGAGAAAAUUUUACAACACGUAGCGAAAGAUAUUGCUCAUAUCAUUGUCAACAUGUAUGCAAAUCAAUCUGGAAUUAUUUUUUGUGACAAUGGGCACGAUUGUCAAGCAAUGGAGAGCCAUUUGGCCAAAUUAGACAUUGACUCUUCUCGUUUGAAAAUAUGCACAUCGAAACAAGAUCAAACUGAACGAGAUUUGCAAUUCAAUGAAUGGAUGGAAAGUUCUAACGUUAUUUUAAUUACAACCUAUUCGAUCGGAUUUAGUUUGCACAAAUCCAACAUUCGAUUUGUGAUACUGUAUGCAAUUCCAAGCACCAUUCAAGAAUAUUAUCGAGUAUGUUCGCUUGUCGGAAGAGAUGGCCAAGCAAGUCAUUGCACGACCUAUUUUUGCUAUUCAGAUUGGGUUAAGCAUUUGAAAAAGAAUACUGAUUUUUCUCUCCAAACCUUAAAUCCCAUUAUUCCAUACUCGCUCAAUACAAGAGAAUGCAGAAGAAAAUUAUUAUGUGAUAUUUUAGGAUUCCAACAGUAUUGCGAUGCAAUCAGACACAGUGUAAUCAACUGUUGUUGUGACAAUUGUGACAAUACUAUGGAGCCAUUAAUUACCAAAGAUUUUACAAAAGAAGCGGUUUCUCUCUUGAAAUUAGUGAAAGAUGUAAGCAUGAAAAGUCGAAUGUCACGACGAGCUGUUCUUCAACUUUGGACGGGGAAUGAUAAAAAGAGAAAUGAAAUUGCGAGUAGAGAAAUUGGGCAAGGUUCUCAUUUGGACCACUAUUCAACCGAAUACCUCAUUGUGUGUCUUGUCAUGAAAGGUUAUUUAAAUGAAAUUAUUGAACACACACAAAACCAUGAGAAAGGUUUAAGCGGUUUUGGAUAUUCUAUUUUACAACUUACAGAUACCAGUGACUUACUGAUGGAUGGCUCUUUGAAAUUUGAAUUGAAAUUUAAGAAACCAAAGGAUUAUCUUUGUGACUUGGUGGUUCAUGAGAAUGGAACGUCAACCAAAUCGGCAAUCACGAAUCAUGGAGCAUCCACUUCCUCUUUGCAGUGUUCGCAAAGUAAUACAUUGGAUUUUACACUACUGGCGACGCAACCCGUUGAGGAAGCCGAAUGUUCUUCGCAGGGCCAAACAACAAGUUUCCAUCACGUGCAACACAAAGUUGAUCCCAUCGAAGAAAUGACAGAGAGAAAUGACCUUUCACAAAUACGUUCUACCUUGCAAGUAUUGGGAGAGGCGUUACAACAAUUACGCGAGCGUGUUGAGAGAAUAUCAAAACCAUAG